GCAUUGGCGAUUUCAAAAACUCAAAGAGGGGGAAACCACGGCGGUAAGAAGCACGGCGGCCUGACCCCCACCGCAUGAGACUCCUCUCUAGGAACGACAGUGACCAUGCAACGUGAAGAAAUGAACGACGAACAAAACCCCAACCUGCACCUUCAGCAGCUUCAACUGCAGCAGCAACAACUUCAGCAGCAGCAAAUGCAGUUGCAUGCGUUCUGGCAAUCUCAAAUCCACGAGAUAUCCCAGAUCGACCCCGAAGUGCAAGACUUCAAGACACAUCAACUCCCUCUUGCCCGCAUCAAGAAGAUCAUGAAGUCCGACGAGGACGUUCGCAUGAUCAGUGCAGAAGCUCCAGUGUUGUUUGCCAAAGCGUGUGAAAUGUUCAUUCUGGAGUUGAGUCUGCGGGCAUGGAUCCACACUGAAGAGAACAAGCGACGCACUUUGCAACGCAAUGAUAUCGCGAUGGCGAUCACCAAGACAGAUACGUUUGACUUCCUCAUCGACAUUGUUCCGCGCGAGGAUAUCAAGCUGCCCGGCAAAAAAGAAGGCUCGAUGGACCCUCAAAUUGUGUACCAACAGCAACUGCAGCAACAACAAGCGGCAAUGCUCCAUCAAUUCAUGCAAUCUCAAGCCGGCGCGAACCCUUCAAUUUGGCCCCCUCAGCAACUGCAGAUGAUGCAGCAUUAUCAACAACAGCUCCAAGGGAUGCAGCCGUCCUCGGCGGAAGGCACGCAGCAGGCGGGUCAACAACAACAGCAGCAAGGGCAGAACCAGUCGCGCGGCGUCGACGUCUAACUUGGCCACGUGUUCCAGUCCGUUCGGGGUCGUGCCAUAGUGUUGUGUAUUUCAUAUAUCAAAAUAGUGCUCAACGGAUGCUGUCUCACAGCGCGUGCUUGUCCAAGUGCGCGACCGCCUUGGACUGCCUCAGUUUGGCAUAUUGGUACGCUCCAACGCCCCCAAGCUACGCACAGCAACAUGUGAGUACG